AUGGCCAGCAUGCGGAUCCGCUGUUGUGUGAGACCGCUGGCGAGCUUGCGGUGCGCCUCUCAUAUUCGACGAUCCCAAUCACAAUCCUCAACCCCGAGAUUAUUCGCCGACAUCAGUAUUACUGUUUCGUUCCCUUCCAAGUUUACGAUGAACACCAUUAGCAGUUCCUCCCAGUCUCUCCAUAACCGCAAGACCUACGUUGUACACAAGCAUAGCAACGGCUUUGUAGAGUUCUCCGACUACAUCGGUCAGGCCCUCGAGCCCGGCGAGGAGAUCAUCCCCGUCCCAGCCGAGAUCGACUUCAUCCAGUGGGCCGAACGCUACCCGUGUAACAUGGUUCAUGGUGCCACCUUGGACACCAUCAACUAUGCCGACAAGAGGCUUCCUUUUGAGCUCUACAAGCACCAUCACGCCGCCAAGCUUAGAUCGCAGGAAGAUGAUCGGAGAGAAUUGCUUAGGGCGCACAUCGCGAAUGGGGUCAAGGGGCUGUCCUCUGCCCCUUCCAGUCCUCCGUACAUGGGUUUCUACCAGACCAUCUCAAGCCCAGGCACGCCUGAGGUUGAUCUCAACAAGUUGAUGGACGGCCCUCACGACGUCAACAACAUCCAAUUGAACGACGCAAUGGUCGGUGAUAACACCAACGGAGUUGACGUUGGCUCCAACACGUACGGUAUGGCAGGCUCGGAUAUCCCUCACGCUGUCGAGUUCACGAGCUUUGACACACCGAUCGUUACCCAAUACUAUGGCAGCAUCUCGCCCAACGAGUCGGCUUUCAACCUUGGCGGUACGGACGAUAUUCACCACGAGUCCCACUUGGACAAUGCGAUUAUGGAUUCGAACGUUGAGCCGGCUUCCAGUCUCGGAGCUAACAACGAUAUCCACGACGACUCUAACUUCGACGAUGCCUUCGCGAAUCUUGACAACGAUGCAGCUUUCAUCCUCGCGGGCAUGAAAGAUGACCACGACGAGUCGCACUUUGCGAUGGACUCGUUCAUGGAUGUUGACGCGUACGAAUCGCAAUCAAUCGGCGAGUCAGGCAAUGACCGUGUCAUCUCUCAUGAUUACGAUCUCUCUGGCGCAACUUUGGUUGAAGACAAUGUCGUGGUUUCUGGGGAAUCUGAGAAGGUUGUUGGAAAGAACACAGACGAGAUCGCCGAGAGACUCGCUGUCAACCUACACGGUAACCGUACUCAGUCGAACGCUGUCCUGUUAAAAUCGUUUCGCGACAAUUUCACCGCAAUCAUGCCCGUCAUGGGCCCGCAUCCGAAUGUCGUCUGCUGGAUGUGUCUGCAUCCCGGCCAUGACGAUCCAAAUGAUCUCAAGAAUUGUCCGGUUGCUCGUCUUCAGUCAUACAUCUAUCAUGACUUCGACGUGAAGAUGGUCAUCGGAACUGGUUCUGCGGAUGAACCUGACGCUAUCGAUUUCUUCUUUGUUGAUAUGCGAUGCGUUGAGCAGUCAUUGAAAUGGGCCAUCUCCUUGCGCGGUGUGGAAGGAACUGCCGAGUUUGGUGUCAAGAGUGCUACUAUUGGUAACCUCGAGAGCCUCCUUUUCCGUUGCAAAUCCUUGGCCGAGCAAGGUUGGAUUGUGGGACAGGAGGGAAUUCCCGAGCAUUUAUUUGCUCAAGAUCUUGUCAUUAGUGAUCAAUAUGCUGGAAACUACGCGGAUCAGAUGGAUGACUGUCUUGAGGUUUUGCCCCUGAAGCCGUAUCCUGACCACAUGAUGCUUAAUACUGCGGACUACUUCCAGAACACCGGCAAUGCUGCGAAACUCCAGGCUGCUGCGAAGAGAAACCGCAGUCGGGCCCCUCCGAAGAAAAAGGUGCAGCCGUGCGACACAGCCGGUCUCCCUACCAUGGGGGACCGUAUCAAGGCUGUCUGCGCUCGCUGCUGCUACCGUGGGCAUGUCGUCAACUCCACCAAGACCUGCCCCUUCGCUAUCGCGCUCGAGGCGGUUCAGAAGUACCAAGCUGGCCAGAAGUACGAAACAUACUUGGACAAGUACGAGUGCGCUAUCGCGGACCUUCGCUUGAUUGUCUCAGCUCUUAACGAAGAAAACGACGACCGCGCCGAGUCUAUCGAGGAGUUGAUCCAGAUGUGGGAUGACAUGCGGAAGGCUGGGCCUGCCAAGAAGAACGGUCGCGGCAAUGUGGCUGCUGCUGCCUUGGCUCUCAAGCGUAAGAGAGAUGCUAGCGCCGUCGACGUUCCCGACAUGAUCGCUGCCAUGCAGAUCCCGGUCUUCCCGUCGUCUUACUACGAUUUUCUCAAGGACACCCUCGCCUCCUCCCCGCUGAGCUUCCUCAAGUUGAAGGACGAAUUCCUCAUCCGCUUCCCAGCCAUCGGCCUCCGUCCAGACACGCAAUGCCCGAACUGUCUGAUGUUCGGACACGACCACCGCUACAAGUCUUGCCUCCUGCUUCAGGCUCGCCAGGCCGUGAACGAUGGCAGCAUCGUCAAUACCCCUCAUCUCCACGGACACCUUCGCCAGCUCGCCAGCAGCGCAGCGUUUUUCGAAAACCUUCCCGAGGGCUGGAAGCAGUACAGCAAGAAGACCGAUGUAAUCCGUAACUUCUUCGGCGCCGUCGAGGGCGCGUUCCGUGACGCUCCCGCCUCCAUGGCUCCUCCUGCGGCUGCUAUUCACGCCCAGGCUCCCGUGCAGGCCCCCCCCCAGAAGAGACAGCGCCAGAAUCCGGCUCCAAUCCAGUCCUCCCCCGCUUAUACCGCUACUGGAGCUGGAAAUAAGUACGCUGUUGUUGACAUCAGCCGCAUGGAUGGCGAGAUGGUUGCUGAUCUCACUGACUUCUUCCUUGACGUCGACGUUGAAAAUGGCAUCGCCAUCGAUCACAGCAAGAUGACAAACUCUCACUUUAGGCGCAUUAUGCCGUUCCUGGUCCGCUAG